GCGAAUAUUCCUGGAAGACCCGCAGAGAUAACCAGCCCAACCCGUAUUCGACUCCCCUCUUCGAUCUCCAGCGACAACUCUGCGAGUCCUUUUCUUCCUCCCUAAACCCAGCGCCGCUCGAAACCACCCAUGGCGGCGCGCAAAUAAGCUCUCAUCCCCUCUGCCCCUCGGCCUGCCCAGGUACGGACCCCUCUUCUCCGCUGCUGCUUCUCAUAAUGACACCCACACGCCCAGACAACGCAUUUCUUUCUACGUGCCAUUGAUUCUACGUCGCCAAUUUGAUUCUGGACAGACCAUGCGCUGAGAUUCUCCUUGGUUCCUACCAUAGCCAUUCUACAUCGUCACAUCGCCGCAAGCGGACACGCGACCUUCGGAACGAUGGCGUUCGAACAAGGAACACCAGAUAGAAUCCCCCCAGAUCAACCGAACCCCGUGAUUGUCGGAUCAGGAUUGUCCGCCUUGGGCGAGGGAGCUUAUAAAAAAGCUUCGAUAGUAACCCCAGCAGUCGUCGCCGAUGGAAAUAGCCACAAGACCGACGACAAGGUGAAUUCUAGUGCGUCAUACUUCUCGGAUGUGCCUGGAACAGCAGGAAAAACCAAGAAAGAUGCCUAUGUGAAAUCCCCCGCGAGUCCCGCAGAUGCUGUUUCAGGCGCUUCCUCAGGCACUGAAUUGCUCCGCCGUCUAAGUCUGAUCGGAGGCGCACAUCUGACUCCUGCAACUCCGGUAACUGACGCCAUGGCCGACCACCCGGGCCUCCAAUUGACGGGGAGGAUCAUCAGUGCGACAUUCUGCAUCCCAUACAAAGUUGCCCAUCAAUCAGACGGGAAUUGGGAGCUGAAACCUCGACCAGGCACGUCAGCCUUGUUCGACGCCUUUGCCCACCUCGCAUCUGAAAAAUCAAUAUGGAAACAUAUACUCGUUGGCUGGACAGGAGAGGUGGACACUGCCAAUAGUGAGCGAGCACCUUUGCAAUCUGUCAGUGGGAACGGAACAAUGACUACGCCUCCAUUGGCUGUGAAUAAAGCGUCGGCGCCGGUUCCUGUCGAUGCAAAACACCCGCCCGUAAAUCCAUUAGUUGAAGGUAUUCAGCUGUCCAAAGACGAGAGGAAUCGCCUCGAGACUCAGCUGCGGCACAGCAAGUAUGGAAAGAUCCUCCCGGUUUGGGCAACUGCCGAAUCCGACGAACCCGAAGAUGAUAUAUUAUUGAAAGAUCAAUCCCGCUGGAGGCGGUAUGCGGAGCGAGAAUUAUACCCUCUCCUGCACUAUAAGCAGAAGGGGACAUCAGAUGGGCGUUCGGAGCGCAAAUGGUGGGCUGACUACCUGCGAUUAAAUCGGUUGUUUGCAGAUCGAAUUGCACAGGUUUAUCAGGCAGGCGAUAUUAUAUGGAUCCACGACUACCAUCUCUUUCUUCUCCCGAGCCUCUUGAGGCAACGGAUUCCUAACAUUUACAUUGGUUUCUUUUUACAUUCUCCUUUCCCCAGCAGCGAGUAUAUGCGCUGUCUCGCAAAGCGGAAGGAGGUUCUUACAGGCGUUCUUGGUGCAAACAUGAUCGGUUUCCAGACCUAUUCAUAUUCAAGACAUUUCUCUUCUUGCUGCACACGUGUACUCGGGUUUGACUCUACUUCUGCGGGGGUCGAUGCUUAUGGUGCCCAUGUCGCAGUCGACGUGUUCCCAACCGGCAUUGAUGCUCAGAAUGUCCAAAAGGCGGCUUUUGGGUCAGAUGAAACAGACCAUGUGGUUCAGGAAAUUAAGAAACUCUAUUCAGGCAAGAAGAUCAUAGUGGGCAGAGAUCGACUAGACAGUGUCCGUGGUGUCGCUCAGAAACUUCAAGCGUUCGAAACAUUCUUGGAGAGAUAUCCUCAAUGGCGCGAAAAAGUUGUCCUAAUUCAAGUCACGAGUCCGACAAGUAUGGAGGAACAGAAAGAGGACCCUGAAAACAAAAUCGGCAGUCAAGUAUCCAACCUGGUGUCCACGAUUAAUGGCCGGUUUGGAUCGCUGAGUUUCUCUCCUGUUCAGUACUACCCUCAGUACAUCUCCCCGAAGGAAUACUUCAGUCUCUUGCGAGUCGCAGACGUUGGUCUGAUCACGAGUGUCCGUGACGGCAUGAAUACGACGAGUCUAGAAUAUGUCCUCUGCCAACAAGGCAACCACGGACCUCUCAUUCUAUCAGAAUUCUCCGGCACUGCUGCAAUGCUGCCAAGUGCGAUUCAUAUAAACCCAUGGGACAUGAGCGGAGUCGCCACGGCCAUCGACCGUGCCCUAAGCAUGAGCAACGAGGAAAAAGCAGAUCAGCACCGCAAGCUAUACAAACAUGUCACAUCCAACACCGUCUCGAUGUGGUCACAGCACUAUAUCCAUCGCCUCCUCACCAACCUAUCCUCCUUUGACCAAUCCAUCGCAACCCCCGCACUCGACCGCGCCAAACUCCUCAAACAAUAUCGCAAAGCCAAGAAACGCCUCUUCAUGUUCGACUACGACGGAACCCUCACCCCAAUCGUCAAAGACCCGCAAGCAGCCAUCCCGUCAGACCGUGUGAUACGAAGCAUCAAAAGCCUCGCCGCAGACCCCAAAAACGCCGUCUGGAUAAUCAGCGGGCGCGACCAGGCUUUUCUAGACGAAUGGAUGGGCCAUAUCCCCGAGCUAGGCCUCAGCGCCGAACACGGCUGCUUCAUCCGUAAACCCCGUAGUGACGACUGGGAGAACCUCGCGGCCCAGUUCGAUAUGGCCUGGCAGAAGGACGUUAUGGAGGUAUUCCAGCAUUACACAGAACGCACACAGGGCUCCUUCAUUGAGCGCAAACGCGUUGCUUUGACCUGGCACUAUCGGCGCGCGGACCCGGAAUACGGCGCCUUUCAGGCCAAAGAGUGUCGGAAGAACCUCGAGAACACGGUGAUGAGGAAGUUCGACGUGGAGGUUAUGGCCGGAAAAGCGAAUCUAGAAGUUCGCCCAACGUUUGUGAAUAAGGGAUUUAUUGCCACGAGGCUGGUGAACGAGUAUGGUGCGGGCCCGGGGGAUCCGCCGGAGUUUGUUCUCUGUUUGGGGGAUGAUUUUACAGACGAGGACAUGUUCCGCGCUCUCCGCGACUCGGAUCUUCCAGCCGAUCACGUCUUCUCUGUGACUGUCGGCGCCAGCUCCAAGCAGACGCUGGCGAGUUGGCAUCUCCUGGAACCGGCGGACGUAAUCUCGACAAUUGGGAUGCUCAAUAACAGCUCGAUUGAUGCCGAAUACUAACUAACAAACCAAAAGAGAAAAACAAAACAAAACAAAACAAAACAAACAAAACAAAAUAGACUUAUCAGACCGUUCAUGUUGUUCUUGGGUAGUCCUAUAACUGGGUGUAUGGUGGACUGCAUUAUAUUAUAAUUGAUAUAUCGAUAUACUUGACUCCAACACCAGCGCUGGAGCCUGGAUGUCCUGGAUUAUUCUUGUAUUGUAUUCUUGUAUUCUUGUUGGUUUGGUGGUUUUAGACUCGAUAGAGUGAUAUAUACGACAGUAGCUUGAUUCCUACCAGAAUCCAAUCACGUAAAAUUAAUACACUUAUAUUGGGAGCACCCAGGUUGCUUAGCU